ACCUCCUCGAGAGUUUCGCCGCUAGCUUCGUGGCCCUCAACUUCAUCGGAGGUGUUCGGUAAGACAACGCUGUCUUGUCAUUCACGGAAUGUUAAUCUUCGCUCGUAGCUCUGGUAUCUUCCUCGGACUUGAAGCAGGCGGCCCAUUGGCCGUAUGGUACGUUUCCCGUCUCGCAACCCUCAAUGCAAGCGCCUCGUGCGAACCUCGUCACUCACAUCUGCUUCAGGACGACCUACAUAGUCUCGAUGAUCUUCAUGUUUAUCACCGCCGCAGUCAUGGCCGAGAUAUGCUCCGCGCUCCCGCUCAGCGGCUCGAUCUACGUCUGGAGCGCAGAGAGCGCAGGUCCCAAGUACGGCCGCUUCUUCGGGUUCGUCGUCGCCUGGUGGGCCUGCACGGCCUGGAUGACGUUCUCCGCCUCGUGCUGUCUCACCGCGGCGAACUACAUCGUCUCGGAGCUCCUUGUGUUCGAAGUGUACUACCCGGGCGGGGCGGGCACCGACUCCAUCCAGUGGCGCGCGCUCGUAUGGGCCGUCGCCGAGGGCUGCUUCGUGGUCGCGGUCGCGGUCAACUACCUCCCCCCGCGCUGGUUUUCGGCCGUGUUCAAGAUCUCGAUCGGGCUGUACAUGCUCGACUUCUUGUUGUGCCUGAUCUGGCUCCCCAUUGGCGUGUCACGCACGUAUGGGUUUAGGUCCGCGAAGGAGGUGUUCACGGGGACUUAUAAUUUGACGGGAGCGCCGCCCGCUUGGAACUUCAUCCUCUGCUUCUUGUACUCGUCCGGGACAAUGAUCGGUUUCGACGCAUCCGGGCACAUCGCCGAGGAGACCAAAAACGCCAGCGUCGUCGCCGGCCGUGGCAUCCUCUACAGCGCCAUCGCGACCGGCGUGCUCGGCUUCAUCACCAACAUCCUCUUCCUGUUCUGCACGCCCGACCUCGACACGCUCUUCUCGCUCGACGCCCCGCAGCCGUUCGUCCAGCUCUACGCACUCGCGCUAGGUAAGGGCGGCGGCGCGUUCAUGACCGCCAUCGCCGCGCUCGGCCUGAUCCUCAACACGAGCGUCUCCGUCGUAGCCGCCUCCCGGCUCGUCUUCGCCGUCGCGCGCGACGGCGUGCUCCCCUUCUCGCACUGGAUCGGGCAGGUCGACGACCGGCGCCAGCCGCGCAACGCCGUGACGGUGAUGUUCAUCUUUGGCGCUGCGCUCCUCUGCACGAUCCUCCCGUCCGACGUCGCCUUCACGUCGCUCACCUCCGCGGGCGGCGUGCCCACCACCGCAGCAUAUGGGCUGAUCGCGCUGCUGCGGCUCAUCAUGACCCCGGAAGACUUCAAGAGCAGCCACUAUUUCUUGGGGCGGUGGAGACGCCCGUUCUAUAUCGCCACUGUGCUGUUCAACGGCUUGAUCUUUGCGACUCAAAUCUCGCCGUUCUACUUCCCGGUCACGGCCAGAGCUUCAACUUCGCCCCAGUCAUCCUCGGCGCCGUCACCAUCUUGGAUCCUCAGCUGGUACUUCAUCCCCGCCGAGAAGUGGCUGCGCGCGAGCAGGUCUACGCGCUCUUCAGGUCGCCGACGAAGAGCCGUUUGGAGCGGGCAGCACAUCUGUGACGGUGGCCACGCCAAUGAAAACGCGAGAUACCGCGUCGACUCGGUGGCGGAAGGCGAAGGGUCUGGUUAUGGACUGAAGUCUACCGACGUUAAGGCUGAAGUGCGUAAUGAGGUGUGAAGUGAGAGCGAAUUAUCUAGUUUUCGAUACGAGUACUUAUGCCCGAUGUAUGCAUCAUCUCUUCU